GUUAGCAUAGCUCAGGGCGCGGCCAAGGCGCCCAGAUGGCCUGCGGGCGCCACCGCGUCCCCGGUACCAGCCCGGGAGCACAUCAGAGGCUUAGAGGCGAGUGGGAGGGGACCUAGACGGUGCAGGGCGAGAAAAGCCCGCGGGGGCACCAAAGCCCCUUGGAGCGCCGCCCCCCACCUCUAGUUCUAGAAAGUCAGUUUCCAGGCACUGACACCCAGGAACCCCGGGGACUGCCGAGCUGGGGGGGGCGUUCGAGCUGCGAGGAUCCGGGCUGCCCGCGAGAGGGGGAGCGGGCGCCCAGGAUGGGGUGCGUGAAGUCCAAGUUCCUCCGGGCCGGAGACAAUACAUUCUCAAAAACUGAACCCAGCGCCAAUCCGCGCUGCCCUGUGUACGUGCCGGAUCCCACAUCUACCAUCAAGCCGGGGCCUAAUAGCAACAACAGCAGCCCACCAGGAAUCGGGGAGGCAGGCUCAGAGGACAUCGUCGUGGUUGCCCUGUAUGAUUACGAGGCCAUUCACCACGAAGACCUCAGCUUCCAGAAGGGGGACCAGAUGGUGGUCCUGGAGGAAUCUGGGGAGUGGUGGAAGGCUCGAUCCCUGGCCACCCGGAAAGAGGGCUACAUCCCAAGCAACUAUGUCGCCCGUGUUGACUCUCUGGAGACAGAGGAGUGGUUCUUCAAGGGCAUCAGCCGGAAGGACGCAGAGCGCCAGCUCCUGGCUCCCGGCAACAUGCUUGGCUCCUUCAUGAUCCGGGAUAGCGAGACCACGAAAGGAAGCUACUCUUUGUCCGUGCGAGACUACGACCCUCGGCAGGGAGAUACCGUGAAACAUUACAAGAUCCGGACCCUGGACAAUGGGGGCUUCUACAUAUCCCCCCGAAGCACCUUCACCACCCUACAGGAGCUGGUGGUCCACUACAAGAAGGGGAGCGAUGGGCUCUGCCAGAAACUGUCGGUGCCCUGCGUGUCUUCCAAGCCCCAGAAGCCUUGGGAGAAAGAUGCCUGGGAGAUCCCCCGGGAAUCCCUCAAGCUGGAGAAGAAACUUGGAGCUGGGCAGUUUGGGGAAGUCUGGAUGGCCAUCUACAACAAGCACACCAAGGUGGCAGUGAAGACGAUGAAGCCAGGGAGCAUGUCGGUGGAGGCCUUCCUGGCAGAGGCCAAUGUGAUGAAAACUCUGCAGCAUGACAAGCUGGUCAAACUUCAUGCGGUGGUCACCACGGAGCCCAUCUACAUCAUCACGGAGUUCAUGGCCAAAGGAAGCCUGCUGGAUUUUCUGAAAAGUGAUGAGGGCAGCAAGCAGCCCUUGCCAAAACUCAUUGACUUCUCAGCCCAGAAACCCUGCUGGGCAGCAGUCACGGACCAGGGCAAGAGCCACUCUCCCUGUUUCACAAAAGGGAAACAAACCAAGGAAGGAAAGAGGUUCUGGGCCUUCAUCUGUCCAGAAGCAGAGGUAGACUCAGAGCCCAGGGGAAGAAAGGAGCCCACCUGGGGCCUUGGUCCUCACCUCCAGACUCGGAGAGGCAGCUUGGAGCAGCAGAUUGCAGAAGGCAUGGCCUUCAUCGAGCAGAGGAACUACAUCCACCGAGACCUCCGAGCCGCCAACAUCUUGGUGUCUGCCUCCCUGGUGUGUAAGAUUGCCGACUUUGGCCUGGCCCGGAUCAUCGAGGACAAUGAGUACACGGCUCGGGAAGGGGCCAAGUUCCCCAUCAAAUGGACAGCUCCUGAGGCCAUCAACUUUGGCUCCUUCACCAUCAAGUCAGACGUCUGGUCCUUUGGUGUCCUGCUGAUGGAGAUUGUCACCUAUGGCCGGAUCCCUUACCCAGGGAUGUCAAACCCUGAAGUGAUCCGAGCUCUGGAGCGUGGAUACCGGAUGCCCCGCCCAGAGCACUGCCCAGAGGAGCUCUACAGCAUCAUGACGCGCUGCUGGAAGAACCGUCCGGAGGAGCGGCCGACCUUUGAAUACAUCCAGAGUGUGCUGGAUGACUUCUACACGGCCACAGAGAGCCAGUACCAACAGCAGCCAUGAUGGGCAGGACCAGGGCAGGGCCAGGCACCCAGGUGGUGGCUGCAAGGUGGCUCCAGCACCACCCACCAGGGCCCAGGCUCCCUUCCUACUCCCAGACACCCACCCUUGCUUCAGCCACAGUUUCCUCAUCUGUCCAGUGGGUAGGUUGGACUGGAAAAUCUCUUCUUGACUCUAGCAAUCCAUAAUCUGACAUUGUCAGGAAGCCCCACACUUGAUAUUUCUGUUUCCUGGAAUGGUUGGAUUUCAGUUACAGCUGUGGUUUGGAUGGGAAACUUUCAAAAUAGUGAAAUGAAUAUUUAAAUAAAAGAUAUAAAUGCCAAAAUCUUUACC